UUUAGUCAUAUCUGGUACAAUGAAAUCAUUUAUCAACUCAGUAAACGUGUGUAUAAAAGUUCUACGGAAAUAAAGAUUAUCUUUAGUAUUUACACUUAUUUAAUUGAUCCAACGAAUGUGGCCUUCUCAAGAUUAAAUUAUGGAGGUUUUUGAAACGUUAAACAACGAGAUGUUAGAGCAGAUGAUAGAACGUGCAAACACUAUAUGUAUAGAACCAAUUAAGUACCACUGGAAUGGGACGUUAUUUUCCGGAAAAUCAGAUACCAAAGACGACCUAAAGUUAGAUGAUUUACGAUUUAAAUUAGGAUUCGACCAUAUAGAAUUAGUAAACUCUACCAUGGAAGAAGAACCAUUUUCAUCUUUGAUAUCAAGCAUUGGAAAUCUGAAAAUGCUAGCUAUGGCAUUCAUAUUUAAACUGCCUGACAUAAAAAUCAAUGGCACAAUUCGUAUGUGUAGUGUAUUACGCAAAGCUCUGGAAUCUACGUACAAGCUUCAUUUGACGAAAGUAAAAGUAAAGUCAGUCAUAAGUUUGUACAUUGCUCAAGAUAAUUACUGCGUGUACAACGUUAUACAUGAAUUCUUACAUGCGAGCAUAUCACUAAUGUACAAACAAGAUACUGAAAUGGUUCCUGUCUACAGUAAAAUACAAGAUCAGCACAUAAAACAUUCACUUGCACAGUAUAUUGUGCAAAGCUGCACCAAAAAAACAAUCGAUAAAAUAGAAAAAAAAUUGAGGACUGCUUUUGAUAUGAUGUCUGUCAGUGCAUCAUUCAAUUCUUUUCCCUACAGAGAUAUGUUUAGGGAUCAUACAGAUAAAAUGAAGUUAGUCGUCGAUAAACUCGUAGAUGAAAUAAUUGACUCAACUAAUCUGUUACUUGUGACCAAAAAACCUACAAUAAUUCUUCCAAACAUUUCCGUCAUAUUAAAUUUUAAGAAAGAUGACAAAAAAUCUUUCAAAGCCAGCAAAAAUUUUCUAACAGGGUAUAAUUUUUUAUUACGUAAAAAAAGCCCUUGCGUUACUUUAGAAAAUGAUCUUGUGGUGCUUUAUGUUCCAGUUGAUUUCGCAGACCUAACAUUCGAGUAUAAACAUGCCAAUUUAAAGUACGGGCAGAAAGAAACUAGAUCUGUUAAUAUCAUAGAGCAUUAUAAGACUGAAGGAUCUUAUUUAACUUUGUCCCUAAGACGAUUAAAGGGUGACAAGGUAGACUUAAACUUGCUUGAAUUCAAAAUUGUGGACUUUAUAUAUUUGGACUCUGAAAACCAAUCGUAUAUUGACCCCUUCCUAAGGACGUGGAUAAAUAGCGUUUUAGAAUUUCAAGUAGCACCUCUUAUUGAAAAUACAUUUGAGAAGUACCUACGAAGCAUUUUGGAACAAGAAAAAUUUAACUUUUCAGGCUGUAUAAUACCCCAGUUAUCGUAGAAUCACGCUUUUUUAGUAUAUGGUUUUUAAUUUAUUGACGGCAUCAGACAUUAUUUUUU